AUGAUAAGAAGUGUGUUUUAUUUGUGUAACGAAUACAUCAAGGCCAACUACAAGGUUGGUGAGGUCGGUCCACACCUGAAGAUGGCUUUAAAGAGGGGCGUCACGAGUGGAAAGUUUGUCCACACCAAGGGAGUUGGAGCUUCUGGUUCCUUCAAGGUGGCCAAGGAGGAAAAGAAGGAGAAGAAGCCGAAGAAGAAGCCAGCAGCAAAGAAGUCUGCUGCUCAACCAAAGAAGCCCGCCGCCAAGAAGGCAGCAAAGAAACCAGCAGCCAAGAAGACUGCAAAGAAACCAGCGGCCGUAAAGAAACCCACAGCUAAAAAGCCAGCAGUGAAAAAACCUGCAGCUAAAAAACCAGCAGCAAAGAAACCUGCAGCUAAAAAACCAGCAGCAAAGAAACCUGCGGCUAAAAAACCAGCAGCGAAGAAGCCCGCCAAGAAAGUAGCAAAGAAAUCGCCGAAGAAGGCCGCCAAGAAAUAA